AUAUUUUAUCUGUGCAUUUCGUGUUGCGUCCUUCGCGUGAUGGGAUUAUUUUUCAUAAUAAAAUUAAUUAAAACACGAAAUUAUCUCCGCUAACGUAACUACGAAAUGCAACAAUUGCAGAAGCGUUAAAGUUUUUUUUUAAUUAUAAUAUGUUAGGUUAAAAAUCGGUCGUUUCGAUCUCACGGAUCACGGCAUCAAUCUCGUCGCACUCUCCCAAUAUGGAAAACAAAUUCCAAAUAUCUUAAUUGGCCGCUUUGUUUGUUGUUCCAGUGUGGUUGAUACGAACUUUGAUUUAAAAUCUUUGACCCGCGGAGUGUAAUAUAGUGUAAUAAUGAUUAUGUGGGUGACUUGGAAGUCAUUGAACCUCUGUGCGGCGUGCUGACAUUGUGAAAUUUCCUUUAGGAAGUAUGUAAAUAAACAUGAACGAUAUAGGUAUUAAAAUAGUGGAAUCUCCGAAGGACCGGUUGGCAGAGGUGUCCCCGGGGGAGAUAGCCAGCGAGAAUGAGGUGGACCCCCUCUCUAUUGACGAAGCUAAGGACCCUUUGUCGAUAAAUGACAAAGUCGGUGGGGAGAAGGAAAGCUGCGACGAUGAUGCCAAUGCGUCUGUGAGUGAGACAGACAAGGAUUAUCACAGUUCGCAGCUCUGUGACACUGUUAAAGAAGUUCAACUAAAAGAGGUGGAUAGCCCUGUAACCAUAAUAGAAGAAAAUGUAGUAGCUUUAGAAACUACAUAUGAAGCAAAUAAGUUGGGGGUCAUUGAAAUUGUAGAGGCAAAAGAUACAGAUGACCCGAUCGAGGUAAAUGAGAAAGAGGCUCCGCAAGUGAGUAAAGGUGCAAAGUUAGAUGACAAAUUGCCAGUGGAGCCAGAUGUGGAGAUGACAGAAGUACCAGUUGGGAAGGUUGAUAAGAAUCUCAAAUCCAAUUUACAACCUGUGAAUGGAGAUAUUAGCAAGGAUGAACAGUCAGGUAAAAGGCGUGCAAGUGAAGAUGUGGACAAAGACUCGCCACUCAAGAAGCUAUGUGCUGAAGUGGAGAAGACCUUCCCACAGCACGACACAAUGAUAAAUGACUACAUACAAACAGCUACGAAAAACAACAUUGACGAAAUACAGAGGCACACUGAACAACUAUUAUCAGAGAUACAAACUUUAAGGGAACUUGCACAAAAGAAGGAACACGAAUGGAAUAAUAUACUACAUCUCAAAAAAGUUAAAGAGGAAAUAUUACUGAGGCUAUUGAGAAGAAAACAGGUAUUGUCAUUUGAAAAGAAUGCAGAAGUCAAUGGCUCUGAACGUACUGAUCCAUUUGACUAUCUAAACCAAGCAAAGAAUUUAGCCAUAGAUAAAAGUGAUGAGAUAUCUGGCUUGUCUAUCAAACAGCCGGGGUCUAUGGUCAAUCCGAUGAUACAGCCUAUCAUGCCAGUGACGUCACAUUUCAAUCCAAUGUCAGGUCUGCCUCCUCCGUAUGAUAAAGCAGCCCAUAUGCAAGCGAUGCCAAAACCAGUCUUCCCCCAAGCGUUGAUGAUGCCAGGACCUAUGCCCGUGUAUCCUAGAGACAUGAAUGGGCAACUGACGAAUAGCUACGGUUUGCCAAUGGGGCGACAGGGGCCCACAAAAGAUGUGAAGUCAAUAAUAGCAGACUACAGGCAAAGGAACCCCGAUAUCACGCCGCGGCGCGGUAGGAGGAUGAAGAGCAUGGUCAACCCGAACAUGAUGAACACGCCGCGACCUAUUGCCCCGAAAAUGGACAACAUGAACAAUUUGAGUAACCUCAACAUGCUAUUUAAUAAUUUGGAUAUGAACCAGAAAGCAAUGCUGGAACGGCUUCAGCAAAUCCAAACGGGAACUCUUCCAAAUGGGCUCUCCUUCAAGGAUGUGCUGGUACAGUUCGCCAACAUGCAGCAGUCCAACGCUGGCUCCAUGCCCAACAGGCCGUUGGACCUCAACAGACCAGAGCACCACAGACCAGACCUGCCGCGACCAGAGAGGAGGAGGGAGAGACCCCAGGAGGAAGCACAUACGUCUGUGAAGCAACCGGAGAGGGUGGCAACUGCAAGUCCUAGAUUGCCUCCUCCGCCGCCAUACCCUGAAAUCUCACUCCUACCGGUCACAACGAGUCAAGAAACCUCGCAAACUCAACAACAAAACUCAUUACUCCACGGCAUAUUGACAAAGCCGGCGCCCCCCGCGUCUCAGAGUUACUCGCCGACGUUGGCUAAACUGCUCACGUCCCCGGAACGGAAACAGAGUACCAACACACCGCCGUUGCCAUCUUUCGGUCAGGCCAAGAACUGCGGGGAGAUCACUAUAACGCCAGUGCAGCCGACAGCGCCGGAGCCGCCGCCCGAGAAGGCUGAGGUGGUGCAAUUGGAGGAGGAGGAGAGCGUCGCAUCGUCGGAGUCGGGCGCGUCGGGCGCGUCGGCGGCGUCGGCGGCGUCGGCAGCGUCGGCGACGUCGGGCGCGUCGGGCCGGCUGGUGAUCGACGAGAGCGCCGACGACGCGCCCACGUGCCAGGGCUGCCGCUCGCGGCUCGCGCAGUUCGUGUGCGCCGGCUGUGCCAACCAGUGGUACUGUUCGCGCGACUGUCAGGUGGCAGCUUGGGAUGACCACUCGGAAAUGUGUUCCGGUUAAGGUGAAUAACUCAAAAAAUAAUUCUAAAUUAGUUGCCGUAAGUUAUAUAAAAGGUCUACAAUAGAGAUGUACCUUCUGUGUAUCGAGCAUUUUAAUUGAUGCAUAUAUUGUAGUGUUUGAUUUACAAUAUUCCAUACAGGAAUCUCUUUGUUUCUAUUGUACUUUGCCACGAAAUCGGUCAAAUAAGCGUCGCAGAAUGUACAUUUGGGUGCAAAAAAAUUGAGCAUUUUCUGUUUCGUCGUUAAUUUUUGAUAGGUAUUAUCCUAUCAAAAUAUAAUGUAAUGGAAACAAAUACUGUUUGAAAGGUUAUUUACCCCUUUUAAAUAAAGUAACUAUAUAUAAAAAGAAAUUGCCUUAAUUAUAAAAAUAAGAUGAGUUUGUUUAUAUAAGCAAGAACUCAAUAUCAAUUAAUACAGACAACCAUACUAAUGUUGCAAUAAUUCAGUUUAAGAUUUCGAAUUGAAGCGUAACCUUCUAAAUAAAACUGAAGCAACUACAAAAGAUUUUGUUAAACCUCCAUGAAGUUUAAUCAAAAAGAUAAUAUUAUUAGAAACUGUCCUAAUUUUAUUAAUUAUUUAAUACUCUUUCGAACAGUAUUUGUUUUAGUUAAAUACAAAACGUGCUUGUAUGCACAACGACGAAAAAUUAAAAUUGCAAUUGGCUCGAUUUAUUUGCCACCAAGUGUAUAUUGCUGACACUACCUAUAUUGUAUAGUAAAACAUUAUUCUCGAUAGUUUCGUAUUUUAUUUAAUAAAUGAUAACAUAUAAAAAAUCAAUUAAAUCAGUCACAAGUUAUUUUAUGUAUACUUUUUAUCAGUAUUUUAUAUAUGUACAUACCUUAAAUAUACAACAUCGAUUCAUUAAAAUUCGAUAUAUUUUUACAUAAUGUUUAGGUACCAUUGGACUGAUCUAAUUUUAUUAAUUGUCCAAGUACCCGAAAUAACCUAUAAUAAUAAUUGUGAAAUGUUAGGUCAUUUUUGGCUGCUUUUUUUGGUAAUUUUCCUAAUAUUUUUUGUGUUAGGUCAUUCCUUAAUAUAUGUAUGUAUGUAUAGUAGAUAACUUUAUAAGGAACAUUUUCCUAGCUUGCAAUACACCAGCUUCAAUUCUUGAACAAAAAUCUGUGAACAGAACUACUGGUACAGGAAUAUAGUCCUUGUUCAGUUGAUAUAAAGUUGUAAAUAGUAAACAGUAUACAAUAGAGCAGUGGUUCUCAACCCACAGUUCUCACUAUGCAGAGGUCGCAAGCUAUAGAAUAAAAAAACAUAAUAUUUUAUUUGAUUUGUCAGGGUGCAAAUAAAAAUUUUUAUUCAUUUUAAAUUUCUUAUUAUAUUACAUUUUUAAUUUAAAAAUAACUCAUGGGACAUAAACAUUUUCACAGUACAGUGGUCUUUGGAGUACUAUUUUAAACUCUAUUACAAUUACAUAAGGAUCAUAUUUACUAAAGUCCGGCCGCUUAGAGAUUGCGUUUGCGUCAAUGAAAUAUUUAAAUACUUAUCUUUUAUUAACGAGUAAUAAAAUUAAAUAUUGAAUCAUUAUCCCAACUGACAAUAAACGUAUUAAUUAUGGACUAAAAUGAUUAGCAAAUAUAAAAGGGUGACAUUGACAGCUGUCAGAAACGCAAUGUCUGAGCGGCCGGACUUUAAUCAGUUAUUAGGUUUGCCUGUAUUAUGACAAAACAAUCGCCAUCUUGCUUGUUCAUCAUGAAGAAGAAAGAGAGAAACGAUUUUUUUAGUAGCGUAAUGUUAUAUAUUAUAUUUGUGAGCCUAUAUUUCUAUAAGACUAAGUUUUCACGUAUUAUUUAACUUACCAAAUAUUUUGUGCCUUUCUAUAUAUGUAAGCCAUAUAACGAUUUUGCAAUGUACCUAUUAUGUAAAUCUUCUAUGACAUUGACAUCUGAAACAGGUGACGUCAAUAUUUUUUUUAGAAAGUUGACGUCAUAAAGUUUCCUUACGGUUAGAAUGUCAUCGCAAUUUACAGUCAAGAAGGGCAUCUGAUUUUAUGUUUAUGUUAAUACGUAAGUCUGUUUGUGCAACAUCAGUAAUUGUGUAUUUAUUUCAUUGAAGAUAUUUUUUUUUUGAUUUUCAUUGUAAAUUUCAACUGACUAAUGAAAUCUCUUACAGUGUGUGCAAGUACUUAAAAUGUAAGAGAUUGCAAGACUUAUAAUAAUAUUUUUUUUUAAAUAAACCUCACGAAAAUCGUCAGCUCGUUUUAAUUUAUAAAAAAAAACUGUUUUUAUAAUUAAGACUAUUUGCGUGAGGUAACUAAAAGAAAAAAAUAUUAAAAUACAACUAUAUUAGGAGACUUACGAUUUUAUAACAUGUAGUCUAUAACUGGAGUUAAUUCGUAUUUCAUUUUAGCAGAUUUAAAAAAAUCGCAAAAGAUCUGUAUUUAAUAUACAUAGGAAUUGUAUGUACAUGUUUUCACAAUCAAAGCUCAUGUCCCAAAGUGGGCCUUUAGUAUUUUUUACAGAUAGAAGAUACAAGUUGCUGUUAAAAAAACAAUUUUCAAAUUUUUUGGCAUCCGCAUUAAUUAGAUAAAUAUUUGUUUCGUUCCCUUGUCUACAAGUUGAACAUAGACAAUGCGGUAAAAGUGUUCAAGACAACCAAUAAAAAUAACUGGAAUUAAGUUAACAUCCGGUGUAAUGUAUGUUAUGUAAUAUCGUCAAAUGACAACUUAAUGUUUCUUUUUAACUUGUGUCAUACAAGUUAAAAAGAAACAUUAAAUCGUAGACAGAGAAGCAUGAAACAAACAAUUUCUUAAAUAGCCUUAAAAAUGCCUUAAACGAACGCGAUUACGCGAAGAUCACAAGACAGAAGAGACAAUCUGUCAGAGUGUAAGUUAUGAGCAUGUUGCCAUGAUAAAAAUUCUUAAUUAAUGUUGUCAGCUCAUGAAAAAAUUUUUUUUUUAAUUAAUUAAAAGAAAAUGUAGGUUAAAAAAUAUUUUUAUUUUAGGUUUUAAGCCCUAUAUUUUGAGUUCUUAUAAGAUAAAAAUAUUUUGUUCUGCUUGCUUGAUACUGGGAAUAAAGGCCCAGCCUCCAUACUAAAUUGGGACAUGUCCUUUAUGUGUGUAAGUAAAAUCUAUGGAUUAGAUAAAGGACCUAAAAUGUAAAAUGCUGUUCUGUUAUAAAAAAAGUAUUCUCGAUUUCGCCUUGACAUUUUCGUUUUAUAAAAUUUUAAAUCACAAGUAUUUUGAAGAAGUUUUAUUCAAACAUGUUAAAUUACUGGUAUUGCACAAACCGCCACACCGACUAUGUAUAAUAAUCGCGAAUGCAGCCAGGUAUGCGCGUAGAAUAUAUCGAAUUACAUAUUUUAUAUUAAGUGCGCCGAUACUCAACCACGACGGUCAUAAUAAGGUUCUUUAUAUGCUACGAUUUGGUACAUAAGUAUUAAUGUUGGAGGGUAGAGUUGGGAGAAAUGAACACAAUGUGUGGAACAAGUUGAAAUUAAAUCCGAUUGUAAGAAUGACAUUAUUGUAUACAGGGUGCUCGGGAGUAUUUCCCAUACCUCUAGGGUUCUAAGGAAAGUUAGUUAAAAAUAUCUAAGGAACAUAUGUUUUAAAAUGAAUAUUUUCGGAGUAAAAAUAUUUAUUUUGUAAAUAGAACUUUAAUUGUGUCCCUUAUAUCGCAUUCUAAUAUUAUGACCUUGCCAAACUUAUUCAUUCAUAAAUAUCAUAAAGUAGCUUACUAGUGAAGCGCUGAGUGCCAGUUGCAAUAUCUCGUCGAUAUCGACAGUCUUACGACUACACAUACUGAUUUUAAAAUGCAAGGAUACAUAAAGGCGUGUAUUACAUGGAUAUCCAGGAAUUAUUUGGUUUUCUUUGUAUGAAAACAUAAGUUUUUUUUUAGUUAAAAAAGAUUAGUUUUGCAGUUAGGCUGCUAUAAGUGGACUAGUCAACAUCUUGAAGUUAUGGACAAUACUCCCGAGCAUCCUGUAUAGUCGGAUAAGAGGUGUCAAGUUAAAACAUGUAAUACUUUUGUAUUCAAUAAUAUGGCGGGGUCCAUCAUUGGGCAGAGAGAAAAUCUCAGAGCAGAGUCCGGGACUUGUAACCCGGGUUGUAGGAGUUCAGGAGUUCCUUUGUGAUAAAUCAACACUCAAAACUUACCUUAACUUGUGUUAUUCUCCCUGUCCAGUUAAAUCGGCUGGUUUCCUGAUAGAGCCGCAUUGGUUCUAAUAGAUAAAAUCACAACUAAUUACGUAGUCUAAAAUAAUUUUGUAAAUAUUAUUUUGUAUUAACUAAAAAAUGCAGUCCUAUUUUUCCUGUGGGGUCACAUAAAUUUAACGCGUUUUGACAAACACAAACAAACAAACAAAUCUUACACAGGGAUGGUUCAUCUUACCUUCUCCUACCCUCCAUAAUGUAUUGCGUGGUUGUGUAUCUACAUUAUGUAUGAUAGUAGAUCAAAUGUAACGGAUAAAUUAAUGAAAUAGUAUUUAUUUUUACAAUAAACCCCUGUCCAUAUUAUCACACUAAAUAAGGGGCUUGUCAGGAUCAGAAGGAUAAUCUAACUACGUCGUGCCUGACACUCUUCUGUAGUGUUUCUCCCUAAUACUGUUAUUUGGCUUUACAAAUGUUUCAAGUAACUAAAACUAAAUAGUAGCUUUAAAUUGUCGCAUACAAGUGAAUUACCACCAUACAAUGCUUAGGGCAACGUAGACUACACCAUUUGAUGGUAAAGUCCGGCCGCUCAGAGACUGCGUUUCUGACAGGUCUUGAUCGAAAUGGACAAAAAUAUUCAAUAACAAUUGCCUCGUUAUUUUGUAUUGUUACGAACUAAGGUUUGAGGAUUUGGAAUUAUACACCCGGUGACUUUAUUCUACUUUUUAAUUCGAGUAUCAAUACACAUUUUCAUACGUAGGAAAUUCGUUGUCCAAAAUCGUACCAGAGUUCAUUAUUAUUCUCUUGUAUCACUGGUAACAAAGGCAAACAGUUGACAUAACCUUGAAACAGCGCAGUUUGAAUGAAGUAAUGCAUUGCGGUCCCGUGCCACCCUUGGAGUAGAGGAGGUUAUUUUAGUCCGUGCAAGUCGGACAUGCCCUGUCAACAGGCAGGAGUCCGCAGGGAUUUUUUUCCUCCUCAAGGAAAAAAAAAAAAGCGCAGUUUGAAGUUACAUCGCCAAUUCGAUCACGACCUGCCAGAAACGCAAUCUCUGAGCGGCCGGACUUUAACAGUAAUCAGUUAAACAGUAUUAUAUUAUAUUUGACGGUUACAUUGGAUUUUUUUGUCCAGGGGUAUUUUACUAUCCAACUUUAGCUUCCCAUCUAUAACGGAGUUUAAAAGCGAGCCUUAAAUUAUACUUUAUGUUCAAGCUAAUAGGAUCGAUUUUUGAGCGUCAUUACAGAGUAAGUUUGGCUGGAUCAACAAGUGAGUCUAUAAUUUCAUUUGCAAUUGUAAAAAUUACAAGACAAUAGACAAUAGACAAUAGCUUUAUUCCAAGAAACCACAUUGCGAAGUAUACUUUAAUGCCAAGCUAAUAUGGUCGCUUUUCGAGUGUCUGCUUAUUUGAAUCUUCGCUAGGGAUGUGGGGAAUGUGACGCAAGCGCUGACUAGGGCUCAAUUGUUUUCAUAAAGGAUGAUACAGUAAAAACUCGACUAUCCGAACCUCAGUUAUAUUCGCGAUUAUCUGGAAUGCAGUGGCGCGCGCAAGGUUUUUAACUAAGGUAUGCACUUUAGGUACAAAUUACACAAAAUCCCUCCUCCAAAACUGGUACGGUAUGAAUUGCGUUUAUUGCCACUGCCACUGCUGGAAUGCCACGCAUGAUGAAGUAAAACGACAGUCUAUUGAAGAAACAAUUAAAAAGGAUAAAAAAAAAGUGUGUCAGCUCCGUCGCACGAAUGGAGUUUACUCUUUUCAAUAGCAACGCCUGAAAAGUGAAAGGUGCGCAACCGAGGUGCAGCGCUGCGUGCGCGCCCGCCAACAGCGUGCACGUGCGUGCGGACGCGCUAGGCAUGUGCACGCUAUGGCGGCUACGUACGGUGAAAGGUGCGCAGAAUAGGUUGCGCACAAAAAACGUACCGAGGGGUAUAAAUGAAAAAUCGAUUGUUAAGGAGUAAACUCCAAUAAGUUAUGAAAUGACAUGCGUUACGUUUUUUGUGCGCAACCUAUUCUGCGCACCUUUCACCGUGCGCUGUGCCGCCAACAACUUGCACAUCGCACCCAUGUGCACGCUGUAGGCGGGUGCGCACGCCGCGGCCUGCUGCACCUCGGUUGCGCACCUUUCACUUAUAAGGCGCGAGUAUUGAGACGUGCUUCAAGCUAACUUUUUGUUUUUUUUAACAUACACACUUUUUUUUGUUGGUAAACAGUGCACAUCGAGUAGGGCUUUAGUAAUACUUAUGUUAAAGAAGACUAAAUGUAUAGAAUUGUAAAAUAACUAAUAGACUUUAUAAUAUACUUCACAUUAUAUAUUUUACUCUUACAAUGAUAUAAUCAUUAAACAAACAAGCCCAAUAACAUAUAGUAUAUAGGUAUAGUCGCCUAUACAGCAUACCCUAUGUACGUCUCAAUACACUCACAGCUAAAUUAGAAAGUUGCGCACUAAAGGUGGUCACCAAAAACGUGACACUUUUUCGUUAGUUCGGUUGGUUUUACCCCUCGGAUUUUUCUCAUACCGGGCGCCUUAUAUAUAAAAAAUCGAUUCUUAAGGAGUAAACUCCAAUAAACUCCAAAAAAUUCGCUUUCUGUCAUACAUAAGGUAAAUUAGUCCGGUUAGUCGAGUAUCUGCUGUAGUUUUAAUUUGUGCUCUGGAAUAGACUGUGUUGGACCGAUAUCCUGCAAGUGUGUGGGUCAUCUAAUAUUAUAUUCCUCUGUAGAAACUCGUCAAGGUAGCUUCGUCUUUUUAAGUGAUACAUAUAUCUUGUAAAAUAUGUCAAUAAAAUAUAUAAAAACUGCCUACAACGUAACACUAUACAUAAAAAUAAAAAAAUUUUAAUUCUAUUUUCUAAAGUAUAUGCCUCGCUCGCGUCGAAAUGAAAUAGCUGUGUAUAUAUAUUGUGCGUUUCACAUUUAUUCUUUUUUUUACUUGUUUUAUUUUAUUUUGUUUAUUAACUUAAAAUGUACCAACGAUUUUAUUUAUGACGACAUAUUUUCGUAUUUUAAGAAAUCAAUUUUUAAAGUUUGAUGGCGUCACAACUAUUUUAAAACAAUUCACGUUUACAUUUUAUUUUUUUAAAUAUGACGAUUCUAGAGUGGGUGGGGAGGUCAUUCCAAAAGAGCUGGACUGGGCGUGAUUGGAUACGGUUUUUUUUUUUGGUUUUGCACAAUGCUGCAACGAUGUUCUUUUUACUAUUUUUGACUUAGUAGCAAUAUAGCAAUAUUAAUAAAUACAGGAAGAAUUUUUUUUUAGUGCGGAUAUUUUUAUAUUUUGUACAUAAACAAAAUUUAAUGAUCCCGUAUUUUUUCUUUUUUUUUUAACUCAAAAAUAACAAAAUUAUCGUUAGCUAAAGUUAUUUACUUUUGAACAGAAUUUUAGGGUCACCCUAUUGUGCGUUUAUUUUAUUUUCGUUUGAUACCUAAAGGACGUCACCACAUCACUUUUAAGUUGAAUAUAUCUUGUUUAGUAAUAAUAUGUACAUUAUUUUGUUAUUUUAGAGACAUAAAUUAAAAAAAAAAAUUACAUAAAAUGUAUCGAACUGUUUGUAGAUUUAUAUUCUAUUAAUGAUAAAGAACCACGAAAAAAAAUAUCCGCACUAAAGACCGAAUCACCCUGUAUGUAUUUCUCAUUUUAACUUUUAUAGUUAUAUCGAUAAGCAAUCAAUAUUAUUUUCGGCUUUUCUGUUAUCCGCGCACAUAUAUCUACACACCUACCGAGUAUUAUGUACAUACAGACGGUUCUAUUUUCUAUACGCCGUGCCAAACAGAAUUUAAUUAAGUUUUUUACCGACCAACAUAACGACACAUCUUACAGUAUAUUUAAACAAGUUUUUAUUUUAUUUCUGGAGCAAGACCAUCGUGGAUAAGAAAUGUAAACAAAGCGUACGGAAUGUCAACGUAACGGGGGGGCUGUGACGUCAGCUGAGUCUGUUUGGCUUUUGCAUUUAAUAGGGUAGUUGACUCGUAUCAAAUUUAAUAUAAACAAUAUUAAUUUCGCAUAGAACAUGGAAUAAGGGUCCGAAAUAUAUCGAUAUUAAAUAAUUAAAAGUUAAGGAUUUCUUAUAAAACUUAGUUUAAAAAUCAUGUAUUUUUUCCAAUUUUUCAAACGUCAAAAACGCUGUCGUCCAUUUUGUGACGUCACAAUGUUAUUUUUUGUACGAAACGUCAAUCUGAAUUUUUGUGAAACGCUCCGUUUUCAAGGGAUUUGUUUAAGUGAAGACUGACGUCACGACACAGUUGAAAUAUAGACCAUCAUGGCCGACAGGCGUUUUGGCUCGUAUUGACAGAACCAUAUUUAAAAACUAAAAUUUUCUUGUUACGACGUCUCGAAAAAAAAUUUCAAUCUAUUAGAACGAUAAUAAACUAUUUAUGACCAUUAAAAACAGUGUCAACUAGCCUAUUGUAGAUGAAUGAAUUCCAUAUAUUUCUAUUUUUUUAACAUAGCAUCAUAUUCUCGUUCCCAAAUAGUAAAGCAGGCGGGGAUCAAGUCCACGAUCUAGAGUUGAUUCUGGACGUAUUUAACAAACAACAAAUUCAUCAUGUUAAUCGAAGCGAUGUUUGUUUACAUUUUUUCCACUGGGAUGGAAUCGCUUCAGCAACCAACAUGUAUUUGUAAACAAAAAUCUAAAAGAAAUGGUACUAAACUGUGUACGUUUACAAAUUUACAAACCUGUAAACAAAACUGCUUCUCAUCCAUUUUGUACCUAUAAUGUGGGAAUUUUAUAUCCUUGAAGGUUUUUAUUUAGAGAUGCUGCCAUAUUUUAUAUUUGUUUACACAAUUUGCAAAUUUGUAAACCAUCUAAGUGUCAUAUAUUUUUGUAUAAGAUUUCUAUGUGCUACGGACGCGUAAUGAUUUAGGACAUUUCGGUUGACUAUUAGGCUAUUUAUUGAUGCUCUAUUAUGAAUAAAAAAAAUAUUGUUUUAAAUUAAUUAAAUUUAAGUCCUCUUAGAAUUAAAUAUAAAGUUACUAAGGCAUGUAUGAAAAGUUGUAAAGGUAUAAAUUGUAGGCUAAGAGAUGGCGUCCGUAGCACGCAGUCAUCUGAACAUUUCUACAUCUCUUUUUCUCUUUUUUUUUUAAACGCUAGUCAAGUGUUUCGUUACCUACAUACUGUUUAUGUAUUUUGUAACUUAUAUGAUGUUAUAUAAGAAUAUAUUAAAUCAGUACUGUCUUUGAA